AUGUUUACCAUGAACGCGACGCAACUCUCUUCUACGCGAGUGUGCAACACGCGCGCACUCCGCCGAACCAGUACGAGCUCGGCUCGCCCGCGUGUGAACACGGUCACUCGUGCGAUCAACGAGCUCACUGAAUCGGACGUUCUCACGAGAUAUCCGCUCGGUGGAGAUAUGGAUGUCUACAAGGUUGAACUCGAUUGCUCUCAAUCGAACAUUCAGCUCGGUAUUUUCCUCCAAAAGGGUCCGGACGAUCGCCCCCAGGUGAGAACGAUCCGUCCGGGUGGAACCGCCAAGGGCAAGAUCGACGUUGGUGACGUUGUGCUCGCCACAACUUACACCGUACUCAAGGGUACUAGCGAUAAAUCUUACGGCAGUGCUUCUCGAGGCUGGUGCGACACCGCGGAGACAACGGCAGCGCAAGCCGAAGCUGCGAUGACGACGAACUCGUCCUCCAUCGGCAUUGUCUUGGCUAGGAAGUACAAGGCAACCGGUCUCAAGUCUGCCAACGUUGACGAAGACACCGCCACGUGGGCCGCUCGUGUCGCCGCUGAAGCGCGCGCCAAGCGCAAGCAAUAA